GAUCGGCCGUGUUCGGGUCCUUGCAGGCCGGUCGGCAUCGGCGGAGCUAGCCAUGCCCGGCCGGGCAUCCUCGGAGUGAUGGAAGCAGCGGCCGCCGCUGCUGCUACUGCAUCGUCUCCGCGCGCCCUUUCCACGGCCACCGCGCGCGCGAUGGCAAGAUCCGCUGCGUGGAGGCCGAGAGCGAGCGAGGCGGGGCCGCUUGGCCGGGAGCUGGGACCCGAAUAACCUCCCCCCGUCCCCGCUACUUCCACCAUCGCCCCCCGAGCGUGGAAGGAAGCCUGCGGUGCCGAGAGGGCGGACGAGACGCCGCCGGAGCCAGCCGAGCGCCAGCUCCCGGCUCCGAGGAGCGCAGAAGCCGGGGCCGGGGCCCGGUGAAAGUUUCCCUUCUCCACCCUCAGGGCGCCCACGGCCCAGAACUCUCCCCGAGGCUCGAGUGGACCCUUCGGAGGCGCAGGGGAGCCUUGCCUGCCCGCGCCCCCCGCUGCAGAGCGCACGCGAGGAAUCGGGGCACAGCGCGGGGUCGUGAUCCCCGGGGCGCGCCCGCGACUGCAGAUCCCUCUCGGAGCCGCCGCUGCCAUGGGAGAACCAGCCCCGGGCGCCGCCGGGGACCGACCUCCGCUGCCUCCGCGCCCGCCUCUCCAUCGCGGCCCCUGCCCCUGCGCCCGCAGCCGGCCCGCGGCGUCUCCUUCUCGGGCUGCAGGGCCGCCUCCGCCGCGCCGCCGGCCCGGGCCGCGCCUGUGAUGAGCCGCAGCCCGCCGCGAGCCCUGCCUCCGGGCGCGCCUCCCCGGCUGCUCCCGGCCGCCCCCGCCGCGCCGCGCGCGCUGCUCCCGCUCGCGCUCCCGCCGUGGCCCCGGCGCCCGGGUCGCCGCUGGCCCGCGUCCCCGCUCGGCAUGAAGGUGUUCCGCAGGAAGGCGCUGGUGCUAUGCGCAGGGUACGCGCUGCUCCUGGUGCUCACCAUGCUCAACCUCCUGGACUACAAGUGGCACAAGGAGCCGCUGCAGCAGUGUAGCCCCGACGGGCCGCCCGGGGCUGCGGCGGGGGGCGGCUGGGAGCGCCCGGGCGCUGCGCCCGCGGUGCCGCCCCGUGCGCACCCGCGCUUGGAUUCCCGGACCCCGUUCCGUGCGCCCGCAGCCGCCGCCGUCGGGGCCGUCCAGGCGGCGCCUGCAGCUGCAGCGGGUCCAGCGGCCUCUCCGGGUAAUGGCACCCGGGGGGGCCCCAUCAGUGGCGGCGCCAAGCGCCAGCUCGUGUACGUGUUCACCACGUGGCGCUCGGGCUCGUCGUUUUUCGGGGAGCUCUUCAACCAGAACCCCGAGGUGUUCUUCCUCUACGAGCCCGUGUGGCACGUGUGGCAGAAGCUCUACCCCGGCGACGCCGUGUCGCUGCAGGGCGCGGCGCGGGACAUGCUGAGCGCGCUCUACCGCUGCGACCUCUCCGUCUUCCAGCUGUACAGCCCCGCGGGCAGCGGGGGGCGCAACCUCACCACGCUGGGCAUCUUCGGCGCGGCCACCAACAAGGUGGUGUGCUCGUCGCCGCUCUGCCCCGCCUACCGCAAGGAGGUGGUGGGGCUGGUGGACGACCGCGUGUGCAAGAAGUGUCCCCCGCAGCGCCUGGCGCGCUUCGAGGAGGAGUGCCGCAAGUACCGCACGCUGGUCAUCAAGGGCGUGCGCGUCUUCGACGUGGCCGUGCUGGCGCCCUUGCUGCGCGACCCGGCCCUGGACCUCAAGGUCAUCCACCUGGUGCGCGACCCCCGCGCCGUGGCCAGCUCGCGCAUUCGCUCCCGACACGGCCUCAUCCGGGAGAGCUUGCAAGUGGUGCGCAGCCGGGACCCGCGAGCGCACCGCAUGCCCUUCUUGGAAGCGGCUGGCCACAAGCUGGGCGCCAAGAAGGAGGGUGUCGGGGGCCCGGCGGACUACCACGCGCUGGGGGCCAUGGAGGUGAUUUGCAACAGCAUGGCCAAGACCCUUCAGACCGCCUUGCAGCCCCCCGGCUGGCUGCAGGGCCACUAUCUGGUGGUGCGGUACGAGGACUUGGUGGGGGACCCCGUGAAGACCCUCCGCAGGGUGUACGACUUUGUAGGGCUGCUGGUGAGCCCCGAGAUGGAGCAGUUCGCCCUCAACAUGACCAGCGGCUCGGGCUCGUCCUCCAAACCCUUCGUGGUGUCGGCGCGCAACGCCACGCAGGCUGCCAGCGCCUGGCGCAGCGCGCUCACCUUCCAGCAGAUCAAGCAGGUGGAGGAGUUUUGCGCGCAGCCCAUGGCCCUGCUGGGCUACGAGCGCGUCGGCAGCCCCGAGGAGGUCAAGGACCUUAGCAAGACCCUGCUCCGAAAGCCGCGCCUCUGAGCCCCCGAAACCUAAACCUAGGAGCCGGGCUCCCGCCGCCCAGGCCCAACCGCCGGCCCAGACAGACUCGCGGGAGGAGCGGGAUUGUUGUUUCCACAAAAGCAGCCCAGACCCAAACGGAGGCAGCCCACAUAAGCAGCCCAUUAUAGAGCCGUCCUAGAAAUAACCACGCAGGCACUCGCUGUCGAUGUUUUGAGUCAUUGAAUUUCAAGGAACAGACACAACACACGCGCCACACCCAUCCCCGAAAAGACCAAGGGGAAGGCGCACACGCGCGGCGAUUAGCUGCUUCUCCGCUUCUCCUUAGGGCUCUCCAUUCCCAGCCCUCCCCUGAUCCCUCCCUGGCCCCCUCUCAUCGCUGCUCCCCGUGCCAUC